AUUCCGUCAUUGGUUUUAGUUGUACUUCCGGUGUGAGGGGUCACACCGAAAUGGCGCCGUCCAAGAAGAAACAUGCCAUCAGCCAGGCUUGUGUUAUUCCUGGAGGAUUUACAGUGUUGUCUUUACGGUUUAGUUCGGACAGCGUCGCACAGCACAAGCUGUACGUGAAAGAGCACAAAGUGCGAGCAGAGAAGAGUUCCCGCAGACCGAUGGACAGGACUCUGUUUGUGCUCAACAUCCCCCCAUACUGCCCACAGGAUGUUGUCAAAGAGCUGUUCUCUCAGUUUGGCUCUGUGGAGUCGGUGGAGCUGAGGGACCACCCGGGCUCCACUCGGGAGUCUGGACCUAAGCUGUCCAGGUUCUUUAAACCAGUUGAAAAACAGGGUUUCAAAGUCGGCUACGUUGUGUUCCAAAGCUCCUCCAGUUUAACAGCAGCUAAAUCACACCCACAUGAUGUUCCUCUGGUGGUCUGCACAGAGCAGCGUCCAGUGAGGACAGGAACACAGAAAUGGAUUCAACAGUACACCGAGUCUUUCAUUCUUCCGGACAAACUGCAACAAAUAGUCGACUCCUUCAUGGAAGGCUACGACAAGCGGAAAGAGGAGGAAGCGGACAGGCAGAGGAAGGAGGCCGAGCAGCAGCAAGAGGAUGAAGAGGGCUGGGUGAAGGUCACGAGAGGACCCAAGGGCAUCAAGGCCCGCCCCCACAGCGAGGCAGCCAACAAGAGGACUCUACAGAAAGAGAUGAGGAAGAAGAAGAGGAAGGAGCUCAUGAACUUCUACACCUGGCAGCAGAGAAACACACAGAAAGAACAUAUUGCUGAACUGAGGAAAAAGUUUGAGGAGGAUAAACAGAAAAUAUCUCUGCUGAGGGCACAGAGAAAGUUCAGACCUUACUGAGGCAACUUUCCUUUCCUCAUUUCACUGCUUUUGUUUGUUUUAGCUACGAUAUAACCCUGAACAUUUUUGUGUCAAUAAACUAUUAUUCUAACUCA